AUGUCUACGUCGUCCCAGAUGUCAAAAUGACGGGUCCAAGCCCCCUAAACCCGAGUGCCCCCCAGCAUGGAGGGAAAUCAACCCCGGCUGGAGAAGGUCCUUUUCAAGACACAAAGGGGAGAAGGGGGAGCUCAAGUUGGGGACGGGCUGUUUGAUUUAUCAAUCACUAUUUACAAUUACACUCCACACAAUACUAGCGGGGCCACUCGCAGUCACUGAAUCAGUCUGGGGUGGGUGUGUCAAUUGAUUCAUUUCAGUAUACUUAUAACAGAAUACUGUCAAACCCAAAUUUGCCAAAAAAACCCCAGUUUGAAAGGAUGUUUUUUUCCCUUUAGAUUUCAAGAAAGGCUUUCACUGUACUUGUGAGUGACAUUAAAAAUUUAAAUUUAAAAUGUUGUCUGGAGGGGACAAGAAGACACGCACACAACCAUCAUGCACCUGCUGGUUUACGUAAUGCUUUAUUGUAUAUCUCAAAGAACAUUCCUCACUUUCUCUUCUCUUUUUUUUUUUUCCCCCUGUCCUCCCCCGCCCCUCCCCCAGGUUGGAGGGACCAGAAGGGGGCGAGCCCCCUUCCCCCCCCAGCAGCGUAGCAGCAGUACCCGUAGCGUGGACACACAGACCCCGUCUGCCCCCGGCCCGCUCCAGCAGUAGUUUCCAGCCGUCCCCCUGUCCCUCUCCCGCCUGCCCCCCGGGGUCCGGCUCACACGGGGGGAGCCCUUACUCCACCGACGAUCUGCUCUACGACAGGGAUAAAGGUAGGAUUGUCAGGAUGCUCUCUCAGACCAGGGGCAAGGCCUCUAUUUUCCAUUGGACAUCCUGUCGUUGUGCCUUUGAGCAAGGCUCUGAACUCCUAACGUGGAAUGUGUUUGUGUCUUGUCCGGGGGGUUGGCAGUAGGGCAAAAGGCAAAUGUAAUCUUAUUUUGACUGUUUGACUUGUCUCUGUCUCUCUGUCUACAGACAGUGGCAGUAGCUCUCCGCUGCCCUAAGUUUGCCUCGUCUCCUAAACCCAACAACAGCUACAUGUUCAAGAGAGAACCACCAGAGGGCUGUGAGAAAAUCAAGGUGUUUGAGGAAAUGAGGUAAGUACAGAAAGAGACCAGAGAGCUUUUAGGAUCUUUUUUAUUGCACUAAAUUUUCCAAGUUGUUGAUACUGAACGUCAGUUACGCAUACAUGUCAUGAAAAGAGUUAACACACCGUCUCUUACUUUUACAUUUGUCUGUCCAGCUCCAGGCAGUCAGCGUCCGUCCCUCUCUUCUCCUGCCCCGACAAGAACAAGGUCAAUUUCAUCCCCACCGGCUCCGCCUUCUGCCCUGUCAGACUGACCCCCGGCACCCUGCACCUCUCUGUGACCUCUCACCCCGACGACGACCCCGAGGCCGGCCCCCAGCUCAAUGACAUCAGCAUUCUGCCGCGUCCUCCCCACUCAGGUCCACACCUCCACCAGCACAGACGACGCUCCCACCCCCGAGGAGGCUGCCACUGCAACGCCCACAUCGCCCCAGCAGGGGGAGCCACAAGAGACUGCCCCCCAGACAGACUGCCUGGCCAUCAGCUAGACCUGGGCAGAGCUGGCCUCUGA